UCUGAGACUGUAGAGAAUGGGGAGUUGCCAAUUAUUAGCGUGAUAAGCGUAGAUGGACUUAAGUAACCGCUAAGUAACUGCCGACAGAACAUACCCGAUGCCCCAACACCAGAAACAACCUCCUCCGGCUGCCGUCACUGCCGCUGACGCUGCAACAAUGCAAUCCGAUCCGCCUCCACCUCCACCUCCUCCCUUCGAUCCCAGUCGAAUGAUUGGUAUCAUCAAAAGGAAGGCUUUGAUAAAAAAGUUGGCAGCAGUUUACCACUCUGAGUGCCUUGCGUACUGUAAGGAACUUUUGGAAUUACAAAAGAAAUGGGAAGAGCCAUUCGUGGAUUUAAAAACCCCUGAUGAUACAAGGAAAGGACCAAUGAAGCCUCCUAAACGUCUGAAGAAAUUCCGCUAAGCAUAAUUCUCCAAAGUAUAUCUUGUUUCCUGAGUUCACAUAUUCUCCAAUGUUUCUUGCUUCAGCUUUAUCACCCUGAAACUUGUGGUUGAAUGUCCUUGUUAACAGAUGUGCAAUGACACGUUCCUGGCAUCUAAGAAGCACCACUUCAACUGCUUGUAACUAAAUAGAAAAAGCAAUAAUCUAAAUCAAAGCGGUAAAGAUUUGACGUAGGUAUCAUUUAACUUUUUGAUCUACCAGUAGGCACCACUUCUGAUUCCGCCGAUCACAGGAGUGACGCAUGUAUCUUUAUAGACUGUAUUAUAUUAUGGAAAAAAGUGACCUUAACAGUAGAUUCUUCCCGAGCACCGUCAUUUGAUAUCAUAAUUUCAACGGCUGCAAAGUGCAAGGUAUAUACACCAGCCAUUUUAUAGGAUAUAAGAGUGGAAUUCAUUGUAGUUCAAAGUUGGUUUUAGUACCUUGCGAGAUUGGAAAACUUGUUAUUUCAGUUGCAGAAUGUUCUGAAGAUGUUAAUUUUGUAACCAAUUGUUAUGUUGUUAUAGCAUAGUGUAGAUUACGGAAGUGGAAUUAAAAUAAUAAUAAUAAUAAUAAAUUUCUGUUGUAUUAGUACCCUA